AUGUCUGGGUUCUUUGAUAGCUUGCGAUGCUCUGAGUGUAUUGAUUGGGGCGAGAAGAGGAAUACAGUAGCUUCCAUCGGGGCUGGCGUUCUAGUGAGUGUUUGGAGUACAGUAUAAUGUCUAAAUGUUCAAACAUUCAUGUGAGAGACCUAAAAGUAAUGUAGUUUGAAUUAUAAUCCAUCUCCAUAGAGCAUGGUGCCCACUAUUAAGUGUACAAGUAUUAUUGUGUUAUGAAUUCACAUAGCACAUUUGAAUAUUCUUGUACUGCUUGAAUAGGUUAAAGGUAUGCCUAGGGCUGCAAAACAAAGUGAUUUCACUCCCAAAUGGAAGAGAAUUGAGCAGAGAGACAGCAGCAGCAUGAUCUGUUCACUAAAACUGCUUUGUUAAGCUAGAGUUGUUUUGGUGACUUUAGUGUUCUCUUAAUACAAUGCAAUACAAUCUUCAACGUUGUCUUGAUGGAUUUAGAUAAAUUUGCGUCUAUGAAAUAAACUUUUAGCUGACAUACUGAAGAUAUUCUAUCUGGUAUCUUCCACUAGCAUCUGCUUCUGAACAAUAUGCAGUCCAUCCCGUUAAAAUGGCUCUGUCACUUCUGAGUAUUUCAUAAAAAGAUAUAAUCUUUAUGAAAUACUCAUGAUGACUGGGUUUGAAUUUCAUUUCAAAUUCAAUUUCCCAUGCAAUCCAAAGACAAUAAGACAAAAUAGGGUCAAACCUGAGGUUUCCAAUCCUAACAGCUGUUACAAUACCUCAGUGUUGUACUCUCGUGAUGUGUGAAAGUACAGCACUGACAUGGCUCCUGGCAGAUGACAUGUCAGUAACAGCAGACCCUAACUGGAGAUGUCACCCUCUGGGAUCUUUGUGAAAUAUAUAAAGAGUCCUGAAAGUGACAGACCCACUUUCAAUAGUUGGAUAACACUAUUUAUUAUAUCCAGAGAACUGCAGUGUUUACAUUGCAGCACAAAGUCUGCCCUCCGUGGCUGUCUAACAGACAGCCACUAGAAGGCUUCCGAAAUCCAAACCAACCUUUGGUCGGUUAUCUGACGCUGGACGUCCUCAUGGACCUCCAGCAUCAGAUUUUCCCCAUAGGAAAGCAUUGAAUAUGCGCUUUAGUUCUCCGAUGGAGGAGCGUGGGCGGAACCUGACCCAGCCCCGAGGGAUUUCGAUGCUGGAUUCAGGUAAGUAGUUGUAGAGGUUUUAACCCCUUCAGCGACAUGGGGUGAGGGGCACUCCAGGAUUCUCUAGUGCCAGGAAAAUGGGUUUGUUUUCCUGGCACUAGAGAGGCCCUUUAAAUUGUUUAUUGCAAAUAUUAAAUACAAAAGUUUAUUCAUCAUGUAUGCAUGCUUACAAAGAAUAACUUGCAAUGAAACGUGCAUCAAACAACAAUUAUCCAAUUCUACAAAUAGUUAAAUAGUUAUAAAAGGAGCCACAUCUCACAAAAUGAGAAACAAACAUGAGUACCAGUAUAGAUGGGUAAGAGGGGAAUUGGUAGGGCCAAGGGAAGGAGAGAAAAAAGGGUCAACCUUACAAGUAUCAGAACCCCUUCUCUGGAUGUUUCUCAAAGGUUACACUGUUAUUUAACUUGCAUAUAGUUCACAAAACAUAUUAUGAAAUUUAAGUUUAUAGGUUGUGCAGAUAUUUGUUUUAAACAGAGCCUCAAUAAAUUAUAGCAUUGUGUACAGUAGUUCUGUAUAUGAUACUUCACACCAGUGUUUAUAUAUAUUUCUGUUCAUAAAUGUCUUCUCAUAGUAUGGUAUUUCUUAGUUCUUCACAGGUUGGUGGAUCAUCAUUGAUGCAGCUGUUAAAUAUCCCAGUACAGAUUCACUGAAUCAUUCAUACCAUGCAUGUGGGGUCAUAGCCACAGUUGCUUUUUUAAUGUAAGUAAAAGUGACAUUAAUGGCUCUAAUUGUUGGGAAUUGUAGUCAAACAGUAGAACCACAGGCAAGCUGCUGUUGAAGGAUGAUGAGAAUUCCAUGUGCAAAUGUCUGUUUAUUUGCAGAGUGGACACCACCUCCCUGGUGCAGUCGUGGCUUAUAAAAAUGUCAAAACCUAUAUUGAUCAGAAAUAACCAUGUUUGAUUGAUAUAUAUAUAUAUAUAUAUAUAUAUAUAUAUAUAUAUAUAUAUAUAUAUAUAUAUUCAAUAGUGUAAGAGCCUGGGCUAAUUUUAAUUGUUAUUGGGAAAAUAAAAAACCCAAACAUGUCAAUAUAUAUAACAUGCAUAUUUACAAGAUUGCUGUUAUGGUUUACAUUACCCUUAUUUUAUUCUUAAUAAUUUAGUAGAUAGAAAACAUGCAGAAUAGUGCAUGUAUGUUUUUUUUAAGGUAUAUGAAAAAACUGUUUGGAAAAGCUGCAGACCUGCCUUCUGCAGUCUUUGCAAGCUUUCCACUUAUUCUGCUGCUUAUGAGAAGCUUCUGUGCUAGAAGCAUGAGGGGGUGCUUUAUUUGAGUUAAGGGAAUUGAGACGCAGGUGCUUCGAAAAAAAAAAAUAUAUAUAUAUAUAAUAGUACUUGCUGUUUAUGGCACCAGAACUUACAGAUACAACUUGCUCCCUUUUAGCUUGUAAGUGCUGACCAAUAGGGGUCAAAAGGUCUGACCAUUUCUGAUCUAAGUCCCAUUUCUGCGUUUCAAUACCCGCCUGCGCCCUCAUUACAUUUGGCAGUUGGCUUUAUUAGUAUAAGUAAGCUACUGUUUGCAUUUUAUUGGAUUAUACCUAACUGUAAUCCGACCAACAAAAUAUACAACCACCAAUUUCUAUUGCACUCCUGCUUCACAUUUCCGUUGCUCUACUUAUCUACCCUUUAGACUUUCUUUAUUUUAUUUGUUCCAUUGCUUUUACAAUUCUCUACCUUCACAUUUCAUAUCUUUCUGUCGUGUUACACAAAGCUGCCUUUUCCUUGGUGUGUAGUGUGGUCUUUGUGGUCUCUCUGUGGCAGAUAAGAGUUAGGCUUCCUAGCACUUAUUCAAGCAUUCUUAAGAGCUCUCAUUUAUUAGACAGUCCUCUUUGUUGUAUGAAAUUUAAUUAUUAUUAUUUAUUUAUUUUAGGAUAAAUGCUGUGUCUAAUGGGCAAGUUCGUGGAGACAGCUACAGUGAAGGAUGCAUGGGGCAAACUGGUAAUGGUUUCAGAUCAUAAUGGAGAAUGCACAUUUUUAUUAUAGCUGUUCUUACAUUCCAUGUAAAAUGUUGUUGGUCUGGUUGGGUGGCAGUAUUAAAGACUCAUUCCAAGCAAAUGUGACCAAUUCAAGGGUGCAGUCAUUAGCUGAGAGCAUCAGUUGAGCACUUUAAUCCAGUGUGUUUGGUUCUGCUUUGCUUUAAAGAUACAUGCAGCUUGAUUGGAUGAUUUGCAGGUGGCUUGCAGAACCCAAGUAAGUUGUUAAACCAUGCUAUAACCGUAUGUCAUCUUACUAUGGGAUGGAACCAGGGCAAUCCUGGCACAAUAACUUAUGCAGCAGGCUGUAUUGGAGCCUGCUGCAUUUCAUGUAGAAAACUGUUUAUUUCAAGAACUGGGGUGGCCCAGGACGAGUCUUUUGAUUUAAAUGAACCUUUAAACUUCAACCUCAAAGAAUUUUCCUAUGCUGCAGUACUGCAUAAUACUGUAUCUGGUUAACAAGCCAUGGCACUUGCUAAUCAUAUCAUAAAGUAUGUAUGUUUUCUGAAACAGAGUUUAUUUGUAAACCAUGAGCUGACAAAUGACCAAAGUAAUAACAUUUUUAUGUGGAGAUUGUGACCCCCUCAACCUGUCUACUGAAGUCUGAAUUUAGAUGACCGAAUAAGACUGGUGUGCUGCACAUUGUGUGCUGCACUACACUUAUUCUACAAAACUAAAGCUGUAGGAUGUAGAGCAUCUGUGUCACACACUCACUUUUCAUAACUGGUGAUAUUACUUAAAUGUAGCUCUCUGCAUGCUCCAUAUACAUGUAUUCCCUACCAAGCACUGUUGUAGUGACUGCUUAGAGGGGAGGAAGAUGUUGCCCUGGACCAGGUUGGCAAUUAGACCUAUGUGUAAGACGUGAUCACAUCCCUCAGUACAUGCCACAUGUGGGACACACACUGUACCAUGCAUAAACAGGAUACUCUCCAAUCCACAUACUCCUUUAACAGGAGUCCCUUUCUCGACACCUGCUUUCUCUAAAAGGUAGAAGUAGAUCUUUUAUCUGCAUUAUCGUUAUAAAUGUCCUCUUUUUUUAAUUUAUUUUUUAUUAUUAUUAUUAUUAUGCAAUACCCAACUCGCUAAACACCAACUUGUAAUUUUUUUUAACCACUUAACUUAGGUAAAAAUAAUGGGGGAGGGGGGGUAAUUGCAGCAUAUGAUCAUACACUGCAUAAGCCUGCCACAACGCCACUGUACCCCAUUCUUGACAGGUCCUACUCUAGCAACCUAAUGCCUGCUCUUAUGAGACUAAUCCACUUACUUGGGGAAUACGUCCUCCUGGGACUCUGCAGUGCAAAGUUAAAUAGGGCCCUGUAACGAGGCACCUGUGAGAAGUGCAAAACCACAGGAGCUGGCUUAGACUCACAAAACAUAUUAAACAUACUCACCUAAACAUGCAUAAUUUAUAAGGGGCAUGCAGCGACCAAUUUAUUACAACAUACAAGAUCCAGUGCACUCACUACACACCAAACUCAAAGCUCAUAAAUUAAAAAACAAACCUAUUAAACGCCUCACUUAAGCAAAACUAGUGGGGAUUUGUUUACAGUAUAUUCUAAUUCAUUGCAUAAGCCUAGCACUUGACAAAUGUACGCCAUUUUUGGCAGUUAUACACAAACAUGUGUGUGUGUAUGUGUAUAUAUAUAUAUAUAUAUAUAUAUAUAUAUAUAUAUAUAUUAAACAGAACAACAUUUCCCAUGAUUGUCAUUUAAAACCAGUUAUGGUUACUUUUCAGGUGCUCGUAUUUGGCUGUUCAUUGGUUUCAUGUUGGCCUUUGGUUCCCUGAUUGCAUCCAUGUGGAUUCUGUUUGGAGGUUAUGUAGCAAAAGGUAAGUAGAUUACACCAUCCUCGUUAUACUAGGUAUGCUUUCAUAAGUUGUAAAUUGUAUGAAUGCAGCAAUGUCACAGAAUGCGCACAUUUCUGAAAUUUGAAACUGACAAUCCUGGAGAUCUCCUUGCUGGGACUCCACGAAGACUGUGUGUUUUCUUAGUCAAAGCCAGGUUGUUAUGCCAAUGGAAAGGCAGCCAAAACCAAAAUGGUAAAAUGGCUUAGAAGUUAAGAGGGGUGGGCUAAAGUGUUGUGUUCCUUUAAACAAAAUGUCCAGUGGGUUGACAUCCAUUAACAUUCUGAUAAAAUUGUAACAAACAGUGCAGAGCUUGCAAAUCAUGUUUUUCAUUUGUUUUUGGUGUUUCAAAAGUCAAAAGCAUUAUUUCUUGUCUAUAAACAGGUAGCUCAGAGGUGUAUCCAGGAAUAGCUGUAUUUUUUCAGAAUGCUUUCAUUUUUUUUGGGUAAGUUGAUUUUCUUAUUAUGUUCUGUUAAAACAAAUAUUUAGCAUUUCUAUAUACAAUCCUUUUUGAGGAAUGCAUCAAUUAUUGGCAAUAUAUAAAUGCCAUUAAAACCGAUUAAUGAUUUAAUUUUUUUCUACAUACUCACUCUGUGAGUCACAUUUGUGCAAGUGAGAAAUUGAGAGAAAUUCCCCCAGCCCUAGACUUGCUAAGCGGUUAUUUACUUGACAAUGGACCCCAAAGUUUAAUGCAUUAUAAAGAUAUUGCUUUAAAAAAUAUUGCAAAGAAAAAGUGAGUUGCCUGUAAAGUCAUGCCUGGUUUGCUGAUUAGUGAGUUUGUCCACAAUUGCAGGCUGGUAUGUGCGGUCUGCUCUUAUCCCAUGUUCAGAAGGGAUUUUUUUAUAUAUAUAUCUAGUUUCUCCCCUACCCACAAUUGGAAUUAUCACAAAGAAUGUUUGGAACUGCAUUAUAUUAAUAACCGACAUACAUGGCUGCUAUCAGUUUAUACACAGAUUAGUUCACUGUUUAGUGGACCGUUCUGUGUUCUAUUCUUGGCCACACACAUUGUGCUGCAGUGUCAGUUGAAAGCUGCUGAUGACAUAAAAGGUAACACAAAACAGAUGUCUUUGAAAUGUGACUAAUAUUGAAGUGUGCUCCCGGUAGGGAACCACUUACCAAAGAGUUGUCAAAACUGUUCUAAUUUUACUAUUUGCUUUUUUUUUCUUCUGCUUAUUAAAGGGGGCUUGUAUUCAAGUUUGGCCGUACUGAAGAUUUAUGGCAGUAA